CUCUGGGUAAGGAAAGAUAAGAGCCAGCAGUCUCGUAUCUUCUAGAGUUCUGAGUUGUGGCUACUGGAGAUCAAAAAUGGCGCUAAGCCUAACCAACACAUUCCUCCAAAGGAAACCCUCCCCCUGCAUCCUUCCGGUGAAGGUGAAGAAGGAGACGAAGGCGCGGCCGCAGUGGACUUGCAGGAAGAAGGAGAUUCAUCCGGAAUUCUACGAGGACGCAAAGGUGUACUGCAAUGGGGAGCUGGUGAUGACCACUGGAGGUACCCAGAAGGAGUACGUGGUGGAUGUUUGGUCGGGAAACCACCCCUUCUACCUGGGCAACCGGUCGGGUGUGGUCGUUGACGCCGACCAGGUCGAGAAGUUCCGGAAGAAGUUCGGUGAGCUCUCCCAGAUCAUGGAGAUCCCCAACCUCAAGUACGGUGAGAUCGUUCUCCCCUCCAAGCGCUCCAAAGCUGGUGCCAAGGGAAAGAAGAAAUAGCCGUCGUUUCACAUAAUUAGGGCUUCCUUCCAGCUUUCACUUUUUUAUGAUUUCGAAAGUAAUACCAUGAAUCCAUGAUUGUGCAUUUUUAAUUCUCCUUUGAAUUGAACUCCAAGAAGAGAAUUUAAGUGGUUGUAGAGAUGGUAGCGGUUGUCGAUUGCA